AUGGAUGAAAAUGCAACAAAUACACAUCAAACAGUUGCAACAUCAGCAAAUGCAUCUAUUAUUAACAAAAAAGAACCAACCCCACCUCAUUCUAUUGAAGACUCAACAAACAUGUCUAAUUCUAUUAGAAAUUCUGUUUCAAAUGUGGAAGAUGACAGUAUGACACAAGAUUGGGUAGUGGUCAAUAAAUGCACAAACUUUUAUGCAGCAAUCUUAAUUGAUCAAAUACCAAGUAAAAAUAAUGCUAAUAAAAAGAAAAUUGUUGAAAAAUUUUUGAUUAACUUUAAAGGGUUUGUGGGUCUCUAUAUUAUCAGAUUUGGUAAACAAAGGAAAUUUGUUGCUAACUUUGAUAAUGAAGAGGAGGAUCUUAACAAACUUGUUGUCACAGAUUUACCUGAUU